CUUUCACUUCCGGGGGAGGACACAACAACAGCAGCAGCUGCUUAGCCACUAGCCAGCAGAGACUGGAGUAGGAGAUUGCUCGCACUGAUUACACACCUUUCUCUGGCUGGAACCUUACCUGUCAAAUCCUACAAAGCACCCGCCGCCUCCCUCCUGAGUGCCAGACGACAAAGACCCUCCACAUUCUAUUUGGAUUGACGUUCCCACAGGCCCGUAUUUAAAGCCAAGAGGACGUGGAAAAACAAUGUUCUUUGCAUUUUCCGGUUGAUGUUACCUUGUCUUUAUCUUUGCACAUCAGGAGUUCCUCAGUGCACAUUAGCAGACACAGACACCUGCAAUAAAUUCACAUGGUCUUCACUCCUAAAUGUUAAAGGAAACAGAAAACUGGAGCCUGCAGUUUGGAUGACGGAAGACAAGUUAUUCAAAUUUGCUUCUACAAUUACAACCCUUUCAAAUACAUAUUUUUAGUGUGUUUCUUGUAAGAAUGGCAAAGUCAAGAUCAAGGUCCCCACGAUGGAAACACAGGCCACCACCUUAUAGAAGCCCAGAUCCGCACAGGCGAGGGCGUUUUUCAGAUCCAUUUAAUGAUGAUGAAGGAUUUGACAGAGAUACAAGAAGACCUAUGCACUUGGAAGAAGGAAGACAUGGACAUAACAAUUCUAGGUUACCACCAUAUAAUCGAUUCAAUGAAGACUCAUUUUCUGCAAAUAUAAGAAAAUCUCCAUUGGAAUCACCCAACCAUAUAAAGAGACUAUAUUCCCCAGAAAGACAUGGAGAAAAUAAUAGGAGAUUUCCACCAAAAUACCAAGACGUACCUUACAAACAACAUGAUAAACACUUUCUCAACCAUAAGAGCCAUGGCAGAGAUGCACAUGAUGACCUGAAUGGAUUUAGAAAUCAUGGCAGAAAUGCACCUGACAACCCAGAUGGAUUUAGAAAUCAUGGCAGGAAUGCACAUGACGACACAGAUGGAUUUAGAAAUCAUGGCAGGAAUGCACAUGACGACACAGAUGGAUUUAGAAAUCAUGGCAGGAAUGCACAUGAUGACCCAGAUGGAUUUAGACAUCAUGGCAGGAACACACAUGAUGCCCCAGAUGGAUUUAGAAAUCGUGACAGGAACACACAUGAAGACCCAGAUGGAUUUAGAAAUCGUGGCAGGAACACACAUGAUGACCCAGAUGGAUUUAGAAAUCGUGGCAGGAACACACAUGAUAACACAGAUGGAUUUAGAAAUCGUGGCAGAAAUGCACAUGAUGACCCAGAUGGAUUUAGAAAUCAUGGUAGGAAUGCACAUGAUGACCCAGGUGGAUGUAGAAAUCAUGGCAGGAAUGCACUUGAUGACCAAAAUGAAUUUAAAAUGGACAGAAGGGAAGGUGACUUUCAUGAACCACAGCAGAGAGAACACAGUUGGGAUUUGUCUGAGAAGCAAGACUCCCGAAACAAGCCGAUUCACUCGGACCAUUUUAUACCACCACGAAGAAGAAACCCUGGAGACUUUGCUGAACAAAAGAGGUAUCCCGAAGGGCGAGAUUUUCGAGAACAUGGGCCACCUCCUAAAAGAAUUAGAGAUACAGAGAGACUUGACUUUAAACAGCCACCAAGACAUUCCCAUUGGAGGGACGAGCAUACAUUUCGAUCACAUCAUGGCAAGGAAUGGCCAAAAGAUAUGGAUCAGAGAGAACCAAGUACCAUUGUACAUCGAACAGACUCUGGAGAAUUUACAAAAAUAGAAUAUGACUAUAGUCAUAAAUCUCCUGCCUUUGUUGAAGCAGAUAAAGCUUUUUCAGGAGAGGAUGCUCUAAAACACAGUAGGCAAGAAUACCAAAAACAUAACCACACUAAAAGGUCUCCACAUAGCAAAAAAACAGAUUCCCAUAGCAGAGGACAGGAAAAAUGUAGUUCUGAUCGUCUACUGGAACCUUUGUGCAGCUCAAAAGAGUCCCAUGGUGCACAAAGAGAUUCUUGUAAAAAUGAGUCUGAUACCAGACGCCGGGAUAAGCCAAAAGAAACAGAGAGAAAAGAAAACAAACCAGGAAAGGAAACAGCUGCUCUUGAUGAUAACCUCAGAGAAAAAUCUUCAGAUUCAAAAUCUACAUCUCAGAGCAACACUGAAAACGAAACUAUCAUGGUUACUUUGGAUAUGAAGAAAUCAAUGGAUAAGUAUAGGUGUUUAGAUAAUCCCAGUGACAGACAAAUGUCUCAGGAUUUGGUAGCUAUUGGUAGAAAGGAGAAUUUUCAUCCCGUGUUUGAACAUCUAGAAUCUUCAACACUAGAUGCUGCUGCACCUCCGAAAAAGGAGUUUACUCAGGAAAUCAUAACCAUUAUACAUGAAGUAAAAGCAAACUAUUUUACAUCUACUGAUGUCACACUUCAUGAACGCUUCUCCAAAAUGCAAACAGAAAGCAAAAAUCUAGAUCCAGAUGUACAAACAGUUACAACACAGACAAAUCCGGAGAUUCACAGGAGGAUUGACAUCUCUUUGGCUGAUCUUCAGAGCAAGUCGCAGAAGAGAACUGAUGUGCCCCCAGUCAACCAUAGAGUGAUUGAUGAUCCAAACGAUUUACGUCACGAUAUAGAGAGGAGGAGAAAAGCGAGGAUGCAGAAUGUAGAAAACGGUCCCACUGGCGCCAGCGUGCAUGAUGGGGAUGCUUCCAGCAGUUAUUCUGGGUCACAGAACCAGGAUACUGGAGAGUUUCAGAAAUCAACAAGGCUCAACAGACCACCUUUUCGAAAGUCAACAGGACGACCUCCAGGUUCAUGCUAUAGAGGGAAUGCAAACCAAUAUGCUCAGUAGUUUUAAAUCUGCCAUUGAAGUUUGAAGGCAAUAAAAGGGAUGGGUUGAUGCUGCCACAGGAACCUGAACCUUGUGUCCAGAACACAGACUGCACGUCUCACAGGAAGAUACACACCCUGUUUGGGCACUUUGUGGAACAUUGGCACUAAAGAUAAUAAUCUUGAUAAAAUAACUUUAUUUUUCAGUAGUGGAAUGCUGCACAACUUUUUUACAGUUUUCAUGAUUGUUUUUAUAAAAUAAUAUUAAGCUGCACAGUUGGUUAAAACUUGCAACACUUUUUUGCAAACAAAGUUUUUCAUGAAAAGAUCCUUUAAAGGGGAAGGUAUAUAUUUAUUAUACGUACUUCCCAAAAUAAAGCCUGGUUUCCAGAUGCUUUUUUUUGUUUUGUUUUGUUUUUUUGUUGUGUUUGUUAGUUACAGAAAUUUGUAUGUUGGAAGUCUGUGAAUUAAUGUAAUAAAGUGCCUGAAUUGUGA